AUGCCGCCUUACACGACCAGUCAAAAGCAGCAAAUUGCUGAAUUCGUCAACUGCACACGCACGAAAGAUUCAGUUGCGGCCAAGUUCCUCAAAGAAUCUGGAUGGAGUUUGCCAUCAGCCAUUGAUACUUACUUCAAUGCUGAGGCUUCAUCUCACGCGGUGAUGACCUCUCCUAUCACCAAGCUCUUCGAAAGUUACCGAGAUGAUCCAAUCGACAGCCCAGACACCAUUGGUGUCCAAGGCGCCAUGAGAUUCCUGGAAGAUAUCGACGUCAAGCUCGACGAGGUAACCUGCCUCGCCAUCGCCGAGCUACUCCAGCACCCCUCAUCAGACGAACACCCCUCAAUGGGCGAGUUCACACGCCAGGGGUUCACGCGAGGCUGGCUCAAACUCUCCUGCGAUACCAUUGAAAGAAUGACCCACCAAGCCAAAAUCAUCCGCAAGACAAUCCCCCAGGACCCGGAAUUGUUCCGCCGUGUUUACAGAUUUGCCUUCCGGCUGUCGAAGGUGCAGCCCGAGCAGCGCAAUCUGCCGUUUGAAAUUGCCGCUGAUCAAUGGCGUCUGUUCUUCACUGCCGAUAAUGGUGGCGUGGCAUGGAACACGCAGAGCACGCCGUGGCUGGAUUGGUGGAUUGAGUUCCUUGAGGGGCGCGGGAAGAAGCCUGUAAAUAGGGAUUUGUGGGAGCAGGUUGAGGUGUUUAUGCGGAAGACUCUUGAAGAUGAAGAUAUGAGGUGGUGGAGUCCUGAGGGGGCUUGGCCGGGUGCGAUUGAUGACUUUGUUGCUUGGGUGCAGGCUAAGAGAGGGAAUGGGUCUGAGAUGGAGGUUGAGUAA